AUGGAGCUCCGCCGUGACCAUCACUCCGCCCCCAGCACAGCGCCCGCUGUCCGCCCGAAGCGCAGACCGUCCACCGCUGCCGACGGCCCGCGCGUCAAACGUCGACGUGCUCUCUUGUCGACUGUAUCGUCAGCGUCUCCUACUGCGUCGACCACCGACGUCGAGCGUCGCUCGGCGGGAUCCGCGCGACAGCGUACAGCUGUUCCGCUACGUGCGGUGUCCCCUGCGCAAGCACGUUUUGACGCCGAAAAAAGUGCUUUUCAAAAAACGUCACGCCACCAAAACACCCUCCGCGGUGACAACCAACAGCCGCAGUCACUUUUUGGCCGACGUGCCGACCCAUCGGUGCAGAGUCCACUUUCUCGGAGUCGCGCCCUGGUGCAUGCAGACGCGUCGGUAGCAGCUGCAAGACACACUGCCCGUCCCGCGUCGAGGGCGCCAUGUCCGCCGUUGACUCAGUGCGACACUACGUCCGAUGAGCGACGUCCAAGUGGAUCGAAAAUGCUUUUUAUAAAAAGCAAAGGUGAUGUCGACAACCGCGAGGAUUGUCGGGCAUCUGUGGCGCACGCGACGACUCCAGAGAUGGUGGAAGGAGACGAUAUCUUACACACACUCUUGAGCGUGAGCACGCCACGUGUGACACGCCGAUUCCCAUCGGAAGACGCACUUACAGGCCGCGAGCGGAGAGACCGACAGGUGCUUCGUCAACGUCGACAGCGGUUGCAGCGUGAAUAUUCCUUCGUGAAGGAGGACAAAGAGACGGCACUUGGUGGGUGUCGAACAAGAGAUGCUCAUUUGGGCGGGACGUUGCUGCCGAGUCAAGAAGGAAGCGGAAGGAGGAAGAGAAGUGUCACGCCGAGUGCGUGGGUGCAAGAGACUCGAGAGUUGAGUAAACGUCAAAACAUGGACCACGACAUUGUCGAUGGAGGAGGGAAUGGCGUGGUUGGACGUCGUCUCCAUUUGGUUGGAGAGGAAGUGGAGACGGACGAGGAGUCGACUGAAAGCAAGAUUGAACGCCUGAGCAAGGUGAUGCCCAUGAACUGGCGGCACUUUUUCGUGUGGCUCGUGUCGGGUGCUGUGCUGCUCUGUGCGAUGGUUGUGGCUGUACCGUUUGUGAAGAGUGUGUUGAAAGCACCUUUGCCGUAUUGUGACAGUGAAUGGAGUGAGGUGGACGACGGCACUUUCGUGUUGGCUGAUCCGGCCGACGCUUUCGAUCGCUCGAAAGCGCUUCAGCCAUUUACCAGCACUGCUGCAAUGAAGACGCACGGCUCGGAACCCAUGUGUCAACCAUGUCCCGUGUACGGGAAUUGUCUCAAUGGCUCUAUCAUAUCGUGCGCUACGCCCUAUGAGUUGCAGCAUGGGUUGUGCAAGGAGAACUCGGAAGUGCAGGCAAGUCUCAAUCGACUCGCGUUCUAUAUACGGAAAGUUAUUGUCGACAAAGCUGCCAAGAGUGCGUGCGACAAUGUCUCGUUUUGGACCUUUCUACACUCCGACAGCAGCGCGCCGAAGCCUGCGCGUGAUGUUACGGCACCGGUCAAAGUGCUGCUUUCGGAUGUGCAGGCGCUUGUGGCUCAGUCGUCAUCGUUCGAAAAGACAGUGCCCGAUUUGUCCCGUGAUUACGUGUUCAAUCGUGCCUUAGACAUGGCCUUGCGUGACCUCGAGGAUGUUUCUGCCACCGAAGAUCAGACUCAGCUUAUGGUGGGCAAAAGAGUCGUUCCGUGGGCAUGCCGCGCCAAACGUCAACUGUACGAGCACACCGUGCUCAUUUUACUAGCUGUCGCAUUGGGGGCAGCACUAGUCUCUGGUUACCGGCAGUUUCUCCUGUACCGCACGAGGCGCCAACUCGUGGACCGAUUUGUCAGGGAGGUGCGCUUUCUCCUUUUGGACCGGACGCGCCACGCAGAUCAAUGCUACCCGGUCGAGAGUCUCCGCGACCACUUGUUUGGGAAACAAUCGCUGCAAGAUCGAGCAUGGCUUUGUAAGUCCGUCUGGCCGAAAGUUGUCGCUGCCGUGAAAAAGGACCCCCGAAUCAGCGCGCGGGCGAUGCGAGUGCAAGACAAAGACGUGACCGUCUGGGAAUGGGCUUCAUCGCCGUCGCGAACUCACAGGCGAGCUGGGAGUCAUCAAGGUCGUCGAUCGCGCAUGUCUAGACCACAUCAAGGAAGUAUUGGAAGCUCUGGACUGGCUCCACUCGGGCAACGCAAGAAGAAAAGUCGAAUGAGCCUUCCGUGA